AAAAACGUUUAUUUACAACGCGGAAUUUUAGUGCAGUAACAAGAUGUCUGAGCGUAAAGUGUUAAAUAAAUACUAUCCGCCGGACUUCGACCCGUCGAAGAUACCGCGCAUGAAAUUGGCCAAAAAUCGACAAUAUACGGUUCGAUUGAUGGCCCCGUUUAAUAUGCGAUGCAAAACCUGCGGCGAAUACAUAUACAAGGGCAAGAAAUUCAAUGCGCGCAAGGAAGAUGUGGAGAAUGAAACGUAUUUGGGCAUACGCAUCUAUAGAUUCUACAUCAAAUGCACGCGCUGCCUGCAAGAGAUCUCCUUCAAAACGGACCCACAGAAUACGGACUACGAGAUCGAGGCGGGCGCCACACGUAAUUUUAUGGCCCUCAAGCUGGCCGAGGAGCAGGCUCGGCGCGAAGAGCAGGAGGCACGCGAGGAGGAGGCGAACAAUCCAAUGAAAUUGCUCGAGAAUCGCACACAACAGUCGCGCAACGAAAUCGAAAUGAUUGAGAGUUUGGAGGAGCUGCGCGAUCUAAAUAGACGACAACAAACUGUUGAUUAUUCCACCAUGUUGGAACAGUACAAUCCGGCAGAGACGGAACGCGAGCGCUUGGAGCGCGAGGAACGCGAAGACGAGGCUUUUGUCAAAUCUGUAAACUUUAAAAACAAAACGGAGCCGGGCACGCGCAUUGUCUCCGAGGAAAUUAUUGAGGAUGUUAAGGAGGAAGAGCCAAAUGUGCCACCACCAGCCAAAUUAGCCAAACCGAGCGCAAUGGCAGCGCCCAGCAGAGCAUCUGCCUCACAGUCGCUGGUGAAACGGAAAACGCCUUUAGUGCUGGUCAAACCCAAGACGGCAACUGUAGCAGCAGCAUCAGCACCAACUCCAGCAGACAAUGAUAGUUGUUCCAAGCCAGCAGCAUCUGCUGCUGCAUCAGAAGCAGUCACCAAGCCAGCUGCAACUGCAACUCCUGUUGCCAGUGUCACUUCAAAGCCUGCUGGCUUAUCACUUUUAGCCGCCUACAGCGGCAGCUCCGACGAUUCCAACUGACCUUUGCAUACUAUUAGCAUUUAUAGCCAAUUAAUGUUUAUGUUCAAUUGUAUUAAACUGUGUACUAAGGUACUAAUAAAUAUGAAUGUUAGUUUAACAAUUUAAA